UACCAUAAACUACUUUCUACAGUAUUAAUUCUACUUAAAUAUUUUCAUGUAACUACCUCUCUUCUUCGCAAUUUGAGGCAAAGAACAAAUAGAAACAAAGUCAGAGCAUGCUUUCUGCCUUUCAGUAGCUGACACAAAGAAAGUAUGAUGAACGAAGAUAUCGGCGUCCAGGCCCGAGUUGUGGCGAUCCGUGAGGUGGCCAAGCUCCUGCCGCUGCCGGAGUUCUUGCCGUUGAUAGCUUCGACCAAAGCUGAUUACGUUUCUCGCCAGCAGGUGAAUGAUGCACAUCUCAGUACAAUGGUAGCUAAACAGAUUGAACAAGCACAGGCUGGUCUUGAAUCACUUUCCUUAUCCCAGAAGAUCAUUGGCCAAUUAAGAGAGAACUAUGUUUCUGUUGAAAAAUUAUGCCAAGAAUGCCAAACGUUAAUCGAAAAUCAUUAUCAAAUUAGGCUUCUCAGUAACACAAGGAAUAACCUGAAAGCCACCUUGAAGGAUGCGGAGGGAAUGAUGUCGAUUUCUGUUGAUGCUGCUGUAGCACGAGAAUCUCUAAAUGAUCACAAAGAACUCAUCAACACCUAUGAGAGGUUAAUAGCUCUUGAUGCAAAGCGGAGGUUUGCUUUAGCUGCUGCUGUGUCUCAUAAGGAAGAGGUUUGCAGACUAAGAACGUAUUUUGAAGAUGUAGAUCGCACAUGGAAAUGUUUUGAAAAAACACUAUGGGGCCAUAUUUCCAACUUCUUCAAACUUGCUAAAGAGAGCCCACAAACUUUGGUCCGUGCUAUAAGGGUUGUUGAGAUGCAAGAAUAUCUAGAACAGCAACUUGCAAAAGAAGCAUCAGAGGCUGAGGAGGGUGGAACCCUUGCAUCAAUAACAAAACCUCAAAAAAAUAUUAAGAAAUGUGUAAACGCACCAACUUCUCUGAAAAACAAUAUGCAGCAAAACGGGAGGGUCCACGAGAAAGGUUACAAGGAUAAAUGCUAUGAACAUAUAAGAAAGGCUGUUGAGGCACAUUUUGAUCAGCUACUUUGUGAGGAAGACCUUAAAGCUGCCAUAGAUGAGGCAAAAGCGGUGGGGGAAGAGCUUGGAGAUGUGUAUGAUUAUGUGGCUCCCUGCUUUCCUCCUAGAUAUGAAAUUUUCCAGUUCAUGGUAAAUCUUUAUUCUGAGAGGUUUAUUCAGUGGCUGAGAAAGCUAAGUGACCAAACCAAUAAUCUGACAAACAUAGAGAUUUUAAAGGUAACUGCAUGGGCGAUGGAGUACCAAGAUAGUUUAAUUGCACUUGGAGUUGAAGAGUCUUUGGCUCAAGUUUGUUCUGAAAGUGGUUCAAUGGAUCCCCUCAUGAAUGCUUAUGUUGACAGAAUGCUGGUAACAACUAAGAAGUGGUGCCUGAACAUUCUUGAAGCAGAUAAACUGCGACCACCAAAAAUGACCACCAAGGGAAAACUAUAUACGCCUGCUGCUGUUGACUUGUUUAGGAUCCUUGGAGAACAAGUCCAAGUAGUGAGAGACAAUAGAACGGAUGUCAUGCUAUACAGAAUUGCUUUGGCAAUAAUUCAGAUUAUGAUUUACUUUCAAGGUGCUGAGAGAAAGAGAUUAGCAGAAUCUGUGCCUGAAUUUGAUCUGGAAGCUUUAUGUGCAAUGAUAAACAAUAAUCUUCGCUGCUAUGAUCUCAGCAUUGAGCUAUGUUGUAGUAUCACUGAAGCACUCCCAGAUAAAUAUGCUCAGCAGCAGGUUCAUUUUGAGCACUCGUGCAAAGGUUUUCUGGAAGUUUCAAAGAAAGCCAUCCAUGAAACUACCAAGCUCAUUUUUGAAGAACCAACGGUGCAGGAAGUAUUAGGAAAACUGUAUCAGAGGGAUUGGCUGGAAGGACUGGUCACAGAGAGCCUAGUUAAAACAUUUGAUGAUUACUAUGAUGUUGUGAGAACGUAUCUUGAGGAGACAUCAUUUAGUUGUCUUGUUGAGGCUUUGCUGGAGGAGACAGUGAUUUUUUAUGUGGAGCAUCUACUUAUGCAGAAAGAUUACAUCAAGGAAGAAACCAUUGAAAGGAUGAGGCUAGAUGAAGAAAUUCUUUUGGAUUUCUUCCAAAAUGAUAUAAGUGCUUCUAAAGUUGAAAGCAUAUUAAAGAUACUCGGCGAUUUAAGAGAACUCGCUUCUUCAGAGAGCCCAGAUUCCUUCAUACUUGCAUAUACUAAUACUCUGGAGCAUCAACCAGACUGUCCUCCUGAGGUUGUUGAGAAGAUUGUGGGAAUGAGGGAGGGUAUACCACGAAAAGAUGCCAAAGAGGUGGUUCACAAGUGCAAAAAAGUGUACGAAAGUUAUCUGGUGAAUGGAAGUCCUCCUAAUAGGGGCUUUGUUUUCCCCAAGGUGAAGUACUUGUCGGAUGAUUCUGGGGUCUCCAGCUUUUGGAAAAAGCUAGCAUAAGCAGAUCGAAAAAGUGGGAUAUUAGGACAGUAUUUAAGAAUACAAAGCCUGACACAUGGCUGAUAGUUUCAAUGUAAAGCAGUAAAGUAGUAGAGCUAACCCAUAUUUUCAUCUUUAUCAGGUAAUUUUGUAGUCCGUAUCAAACACAAUUUUUUUUUAUUUUUCAUGCUGAAUUGAUGUAAUAAUCAAAAUAAAAAAGAGUGAAGCUACUUUUCUGACUAAAUA